AAAUUUGAAUCUAAGGCGGUAUAGCUUCCUGAGCCGCUCUUUAUGUGGUUACUCUGAAUAUAAACAGAGACAUAAAUCUGUUUUUGCUAGUUGAUUGGUAUCAUAAAGGAUCAGACUAGGCUACUUUAGAGUGUCAUAAUGUAUUCGGAAAAUUAAUAUGCUAUAGAUCCCAAAAUUUAAGACCGCGAGAUUCGGACAGUGCGCUUCAGGUAAGGGGAAGGCUUCAGUUGUUAUGGCUUGUGGGAAUAAAGGGUUAUAUCGGUUGCUUUGGAUCCCAUUUCCCUUAUUUGUAGUAGCUGGUGUAUCGUUACCGUUGUUUGGCCUGAUUAUUUGCUUCUUUGUAUCGACAUACAAUACUUUCGAUGAGGUUACAGAAUCUGUGUGUGGGGUAUCCAAUUUUGUUCCAUCUAUCAGUGCUGUGACUGGGAUAAAACCUCAAAUAUAUUUAUGGCGCUACACAGUUGGGCUGCAUAGUGCACCACGUCUACUCCUUGCGUUUAUAUAUCUUCGAUACCAUAUGUCUUAUCACAAAAUGUUCAACCAGUCAUUGAUUUAUAAAAUUUUGACUGUUGUUGCAUUCUGUCUCAACCUUCUAGAUGUGGUUUCGUUUGUGGGAGUAGCUUUUAUAUCUAACCAAGAGAAUUACCCUCUCCAUGAACAUUUGUUCAUUGUUUUCCUGAUCGCUUCAACUGCCUAUAUGAUAGUCACUCUAGUGGUUCAUUGGAUAAUAGGAAUCACUUCUUGCACUCCGAGAUUCAAAUAUUCUUUUAACCUGAAGUCCCUGUUUUUCGGACUAGAUGUUUGCUUAAUCCUCUUGUUAGUCCACCAGUUCUACAACCAUAGGUUUACCUGUAAGGCAAACGCAUUUAGUUGGUUUUCAGCUAGUGAAUAUGGUAUCGCAAUUGCUAAUAUGGGAUUUCACCUAACCGCUGCAUAUGACUUUCAGGAUGUGGCUUUAACAACCAUAACUUUUAAACCUUCUACUGAAUAGAUAACUUUUUUUUUGAUAAUCUGGUAUCUUUCCAUUUGUUAUGGAAUCAUUUGGCUUCCAAUAUUUCUACCUGUUACCUUUUAAGCAUUGUAAUUACAACCACUGUGCAAUGCUUCUUCUCACCUUAUUAUUUUUAUAUACUCAUUGAUUAAAUUAUGUUUGAUACAUAUCUUUCAGUUUAAAAGUUAGUUGCUUUUUUUAUUGACCAGUAGUUUUUUUAUUUUACCGAUGUAAAUUUUUGCUGGUAUGAUUUUCCGGAGUUUGUCUUAUGAUCUUACUUUUACGUAAGCUUAUAUCAGAUUAUUUUCGAAGUAAUAGUAUUACCACUAUUACCAUUAUUAUCGUAUUUCCUUGUUUAGCACUAUUAUGUAGUCUGGUCCUUUAAUAAAUAAAAAUUUAUUAAAGUCAUUUUGUUUUUUUUUUAUUAUUUUCAUGUGAUAUUAUUUUCAACCGUGCAUGUAUUUUGUAGACUAGAUGGUCAAUUUACCCCCGAGACAUGAAGAAAAACUUGCAAUCGAAAAGUGUUUGCGUUCUUUCAUAAUCAAGUCAAUACAUGCUAUCGUACAAGCCCGUAAUGGGAUUGUUUGUAACACUAAUUGUGUGUCUGAAGUUGGCGCCAGAAACAAUAUGAUGGUGUAUGUUGAAGAAGAUCCAGAAAUCGGUGCAACUAUCAAACAAACAUUAGAUGCGAAUUUCCCUGUACAUGUACAAGAUUUGCUUAGUUUAGAAAUAUUGGCUCAUUGGCCUAAAGAACCACAAAUGUUAAUGGUUGUAGAAGUAUGGCAAUUUCGGUUAGAUAUUAUAGAACGACUUAAUACUACUACAUUACAGUUUACAAAUAAUCCUAAUUCAACCACUGGUAAUACUACUACUACCAAUAAUAAUAAUAGUAAUUUACCAGGAGCCGGAAAUUAUACAGAUGGUUCACAAUCAACUGAAUAUGCUGUGGAUGAUUUUAGGCAUCUACGUUUAUUCGAGAAACUUGGGACAUUAUUGAAAUCAAUAAUGGUAGUUACCCGCCUGUUACCUGGUUAUCAACUUUCUCGUCGUCAAGAUCCAAAUGAAUAUCAAAUGUGUUAUACACUGCGUCGUGGUCCUAGUGAUCUUUCUCGACUUGGUUCAACCCCGAAAUCUUAUCAAGUCGGUCGUAUAUUUUCUGGGUUAGCAAUACCACAAUCACCUAAAGAAGAACAAAUGUUCUCUACUGCUCCCUCAUCAUCUUCUAGUUCAACACCGAUCGAUCAAAAAUUAACAAAACUUGAAUCAGAUCCCGGUCUAAUUAUUGCUGAUGGUUUAUUACCAGUUUAUUUAGGUACAACUGUUCAUUAUCGUACAGAAACUCAUUUUAGUUCAAAUGAUAAAUUAAUACCUAUGAUUGAUGGCCUUACUAAAGGGAAUUCAUCUCCUAAAAACGGAAUACAUGAGAUAUUCGAUACAAAUGGUCAUCAUAGUGUAAACUUCCAUGCGCUACGUAAUCAUAAAAAACCACAGAAACAUGUUCGUGUCUCAGAGACACCUUUUGUUAAACCUCUAACUAGCACACCGACUGUUGAUAUGAUUCGAUUUGAACAGUCUAAAUUGCCAUGUAGGGUAAAGCCAGCUUUUGCAGUUGAACAAUACGAAUCGGAAUCGGAUGAAUUAUUUGAUCCAGCCAGUCAAUUAUUGAGUAAAAAAUCAGCUGAACGAGUUGCUCGAAAAUUCAAACAUACAGGAAUACUAGAAACACAAGAAGAACAGGCUGAUUCAUCACACGAUGAUGAUGACGAUGAGGAGGAGGAGGAUGAUCAUUGUGAUAUUGAUGGCUGUAGAGAGUCAGAUUCAGUUGAUUCUAAUGUUGAUAAUGAAUCUUCUCAUACAAUUGACAGAGAAGUACUUCAUAUUAAACAAGACAUAGAAUUCAAUGAACAACACAAUGCUCCUAUAAUUGACGAUAUUGACAUACAAGAAUUGAUAAAAAAUCUUAGAUCUCAAUAUACUAGUGCACCAAUUGAUAAAGAAUCAGUUAGUGAUGAUGAGGAUGAUGAUUUAAUUAGUAAACAAGUACCACUUCAAUUACCGUUUAGUACAUUCGGUGUUAGUGGUGCACGAUUGACACAUUUAUUUUCUGAACUUCGUGAAAGAGCUAAUCUGGACCUAUUCCAAGUACCACAUAUCCAUCAUACUACUGCUAAUACAGCUGUCAGUAACAAUAAUUCAACUACGAUUUCUCCUAGUGUUAUGAAUACUAAUAACAACACAGCUCAGUCAUCUUUAUUCGAUGCUGACGCUUUAGUUGAUGAAUUAGAACGACAUGAAAGAAUGUUAAAAGAAUUUGAUGAUUUUCUGUCAGAUUUUCAAAGUAUUGAACCAUUCGGUAUUGUUCGUCCAACUGUUACAGUACCAUCUGAUCUGGUUAGACAACAACAUCAAAAUGUUAUUGUUGUCGGCACUGUCAUCGAUGAUAAUAAUAAUAAUAAUACUGCUCCCAUUACAAGUAUAACUACUACUAAUAAUACUACUACUGUCUCUGCUGCUACAACUCUACUGACUACACGAACUCCUUAUUCUGUCAAUGAAAUGUAAUUAAAAACGUUUUCUAUUUAGAACACAUUAUCAAAGGAAAUAUUGCGAAAUAAUCAUCCAUUUUGUUUUCUGGCACAAUAUCAGAAUCCAAUAUUUGUCUUUUUCUUUAGAAUUAAUCAUACUGAUUUGUAAAUUUUAAUUUCGACCGUAUACAUUGUGUGUGUGUGUGUGUGUUUGUUGCAUUUCUUACUAUUGUUUUUAUCUCUCUCUUCCCCACCUCUCUCUCUCAAUUGUGCCCUUUUUAACUUCAUUUCUUUUCUGAUUAUUAUCAUGUAAUUUAUUUAAUUGGUAAUUAUAUGAUCAUGUUUUGUUUUCUAAUCGUUAUGUCAAUAAUAGGCUGAUAGGUAGGUAGGUUGGUAUAUAGGUGUAAUGGUAUUUGCAAGUUUUAGAUGGUGGUUGGAGGUAGUCAACAGGAAACCCUGGAUCCUGGACCACUAUCUAAAUCUCAAUACAUAGUGCCCGCAGUGUCGAGUCACCUAGACUGGUAGCAUUCGAUCUGCACUAAUAAGGAC